AUGGACUAUAAUAGGAUGAACUCCUUCUUAGAAUAUCCACUCUGUAACCGGGGACCCAACGCCUACAGCGCCCACAGCACUCCGACAUCCUAUCCCCCCAACUCGGCACCCACUGAUGACAGCUACGCGGGCGAGGGCCGCUAUGGCGGGGGGCUGUCCAGUCCCGCACUCCAACAGAGCCCGGGCUAUCCCGCCCAGCAGCCGCCGGCAGCACUGGGCAUGCCCUUCCCCAGCUCCGCACCCCCGGGGUACGCCCAGGCCGCCUGCAGCCACAGCUAUGCGCCUACUCAGUACUACACUCUGGGACAAUCGGAAGAAGGAGGCUAUUUCCAUCCCUCGAGCUACGGGGCUCAACUAGGGGGUUUGUCCGACGGCUACGGAGUGGGUGGACCCGGCCCGGGGCCGUAUCCCCCACCGCAGCCCUCUUACAACGAACAGGGGACGAACUUUGCACCUACUUUCUCUGCUGCUGAUCUCUCUGAAGACAAGGAUCCGCCCUGCCCGUCUGAAUCUAGCACUCCCCCAGCCCGCACCUUUGACUGGAUGAAGGUCAAGAGGAACCCACCCAAGACAGGAAAGGUGUCGGAGCUGGGCCUGAGCGCGCCGGCCGGGCUCCGCACCAACUUCACCACCCGGCAGCUGACCGAGCUGGAAAAGGAGUUCCACUUCAACAAAUACCUGAGUAGGGCCCGCAGGGUGGAGAUCGCCGCCACCCUGGAGCUCAACGAAACGCAGGUCAAGAUUUGGUUCCAGAACCGCCGCAUGAAGCAGAAGAAACGCGAGCGCGAGGGAGGCCGUGCGCCCCCAGCCCCACCUGGCUGCCCCAAGGAGGCAGCUGGAGAUGCUUCGGACCAGUCCACGUGCACCUCCCCGGAAGCCUCGCCCAGCUCCGUCACGUCCUGA